GAGUCCAUCCAUUCAAUCAUUGACACUGAAGAACGAUGCUGCUGUUGUCCCGUGAACAUCUGCACAUCCAAUGGAGCUGCGCGAAUGCCCAUCGAACUCCAGCCUAUUAAUUAUCGCAUUUAUCAUCACUCAUAGGAUCUUUCGGGAUGGACGACGACCUGGUGUGUGAAUACGACUCUACUUGGGACACGGAGAGCGACGGGGAUGAGCUGCACGACACCGGCCGCAUUAAAAAAACACGGCCCACAUUCUGGUCCAACUCUUCUUCAAGAAACCUGAGGGCAGCCAAAGACAUGCAGAACUACAGGCAUGGAUAUCCAAAUAUCAAUGAAGAGGAAUGCCCAGAAGGAAGGAUGACCAAUUUAAAAUUCUAUCUCAAUGAACUUAAGUCAUCCCCUGAUGAUGUGUCAAUUGAGACGUUUCAUAUGGAGUGGAAAACUGAUUACAAAAGACUGGAGAGAGUUCAUUCCUACAUUCAGUGGUUGUUUCCCUUGCGAGAGCCAGGAGUGAACUACAUGGCUGCAGAGCUCACCAAGAAGGAAAUCCUGGCCUUCAGGGAGAGCGAUGAAGCCAAGAGUCGUCUUGUGGAUUCAUAUGACCUCAUGCUGGGUUUCUAUGGAAUACAGCUGCUGAACAGAGACACCGGAGAGGUGAAGCGAGCUGACAACUGGAGAGAACGAUUUGCCAAUCUAGAGAGAAACAUGCACAAUAACCUCCGGAUUACCAGAAUCCUCAAGAGCCUGGGAGAGCUCGGUUUUGAGCAUUUUCAAGCCCCUCUCGUACACUUUUUCAUUGAGGAGACCCUUGUCAGGAAGACUCUCAGCAGCAUGAAACGCAGUGUGCUCGACUACUUCCUGUUUUCUGUGCAUGACAAGAGUGAGCGCAGAAAUCUGGUCCACUUCGCCUUUCAGCACUUUGAGCCCAAAGACAAGUUUGUGUGGUGCCCCAGAAAAAUCCAGAAACGCUUCAAGAAAAAGUCUGAGAAGUGGCAAAACUCUUUAGUCGGCAACGGAGAGAGUUCAGCGAAUGUUGAAGGUCACGUGAGGCAUAAAAAUAAGGAUGGAGAAACCACAAGUGAACAAAAACAUGGCAACCGAGAAGAUGAUAUAAAAGUAGACUCUGAAAAACAGUCAGAGUCCUCAGAAGACCUUGAGCCAAAUCUGGAAGGUUCUUCAUUAGAUUUACCUUUUAACAAUGGUACCAUUGUUGACAAUGAAGAGAUGAACAACUGUACCGAUGAACCAAGCGGCGUUGAAGGCCAACAUGCGAUAGAUGAUAAAAUUAGUGUAGGUGGGUUGACUGAGGUUACUAUAGUGGCGAAACAAAUACUGGAGCUUGAAACAGAUCAGGAGUUCUCAAAAAUGAAGUGUGAAUGUGUAGCUAGUACUAGCACCAUUUCAGCUAAAUGCAAUGAUGCUCGGGAUUGUAUAGAAAGUCUAAAGUGUCCAGUCGAAAUUCAUGGAGCAACCUCAAGCACAAGUAUAGAGAGGACAGUGCCUGAAAGAUCUGCACACAAUUCACCAACACAGUCUUCACAGAAGCUUCCAAGAUCUGACUUUGAAAACACAUCUGGAGUGACAGCUCAUAAAGAGACAUCAGAAGAAACGAUGAACAUCCGCUUAGUGGAAAACGAUGAAAAAAAUGAAAUAAACUGCAACCAAUCAAAUGGACCAGAGAAGAAAGAGCCAAUGGACAUGAAUGAUUCCUGAAUACUGUAAAACAAGAACAAUUAAAUGCUUUAUAAACCUAACCUUAUAAUGACACAAGAAUUGACUGGUUGUUUUUUUAAAUAAGGGAUUCAUUCACACAGGAUUGCAUAUCUUUGCAUAUCAGUUUAAUUCCAAAUACCAAACGUAAACUUC